GGAGCAAUAAAGCGGGGUAAAUUCGAGCAGCCCGAACGAGAGAAAUCCGUCGCCGGCAGUCCAUCUCAGCCGCGCGACUUCUUCAGCAGAUCCCGUCCUCCACCAUACGCGACCAACAACGGAUUUCCCAUCGCCUUGAGCCCAACAACAACACCCUCAGAGCCCCGAUUUUCCCUUGUAUGGCUGAGUUCAUCCCCUAUUUUAUUUUCUUCGAGCGGAGCAAUAAAGCGGGGUAAAUUCGAGCAGCCCGAACGAGAGAAAUCCGUCGCCGGCAGUCCAUCUCAGCCGCGCGACUUCUUCAGCAGAUCCCGUCCUCCACCAUACGCGGCCAACAACGGAUCCCAUCGCCUUGAGCCCAACAACAAC